GUGGAAGUAAUUUAGCUGUGUGGGAAAAUGGAAUCGUUGCAACUUACUUUACGGCAUGGAACAUGAAGAUGCCAUCAUCCGGAAAUUGUACGCGCAUGAAUUUUAAACUUUACUAUGACAACAAUACAUGGGAGCGUGAGGAUUGCAAUCAUAAAUUGGCAGAAUAUCUUAUGUGUGAACAUAAAGAUGAAGGUAAAGCAAGCGUUCCUGUCAAAUCAUUACUUACCUUUGCUGAUAUGGAGCUUACUAGAGUUCCCGAACAAAUACCCGCCGAAGAAUAUGCCGGCAACGUCAGUAUAACAGUAAAUGGUGCAAGAUGUUCUAAUUUGUCAUGCCAUUACAAUGUUUUCAAGAAAACAAUUGGCUGUCGGCAAACCGACGGGAUAUGGAAUGAAUGCAGUAUUUAUCUACCCCCAAAAACAAAUUCAAAUGUUACUUACCAGACAUACCUUGGCACGCUCAGCAAAACAUUCUCUGGCAAAACUUGCCAAAGAUGGGACCAAAAAAUACCACAUACUCACGACAUUGAUGGCACAAUGUUUAAGGGAGAAGGUAUUUCAGACGCAGCCAAUUAUUGUAGAGACCCUGGUGGUAUGGGUCAUCUUUGGUGUUUUACAACAAGUUCUGAUACUCGAUGGGAACCUUGCUUAUUAAAAGAAAUCAAAACCGAACGCACUUGUAUAAAACGUAUGGCGUAUACUGGAAAAAGAAAUACAACAAUAACAGGAAAACAAUGUAAAAGCUGGGACAACUUAAGUCAUAAAAUGUCUUUCCUUUCGAACUUUGAUUUAGAGACAUCCUUGAAUUAUUGUCGAGAUCCUUCAAAUUUAGGUUACAAUUGGUGUUAUAUAGAUAAUUCAAAAGGUACUGAACAAAGGGAGCCUUGCCAAAUUGAAGACAGUGAAGUAACCACUGAUAAGACAUCCUUUAUAACGAGGGGCAACAAUUUCAUGUGCGAUGAUGGUAAAUUCCUUCCAAAAACUUUGAAAUGUAAUGGCCAAUUUGACUGCGAAGAUAGAUCCGACGAAAUAAAUUGUACUUUUUCAGUUCAUCCAAUGAUAGAAAUAGAUGCUGGAACCAACAAUUCGGUACAACUAAAUGCGACUCUUUUUGAAAUCGGAUCAUUCUUUAGAUGCAAGUCAAAUGAAUUAAUUUCUGUAGUGGCUACAUGCGAUGGAGUAAUUGACUGUUUUGAUGCGUCAGAUGAACUUUGGUGUAUUGAAAACAUAAAAAUAGAAAGCAAGACUUGCUCUAAGUACCAGUUUCAAUGUGACAAUGGCGACUGUAUACAUAUCAGUCUAGUUUGUAACUUCAGGGAGGAUGGUAUCGACGGAUCUGACGAAAUUUGCGUUUAUUUUGAUCCAUUUAACAAAGAUUAUGAACAGUGCUUGGAAUUUACGGAAUUUCAAUGCGAUAAUGGACCAUGUAUUCCUAUAACUCAGCGUUGUGAUGCAGUUAAACAUUGUGCAGACGGAUCGGACGAACUAACCUGUGAUGAAUGUCAACCAGGAGUAGCCUUUCAUUGUGACUUCGAAAGAUGUUUACCAUUGAGGUUAAUAUGUGACGAUUAUCAUCAUUGUGAAGAUGGCUUAGACGAAAUGAAUUGUGACAAGGUGUUUUAUUCAUGUCAAGAUGUCUGGGAAGCUGGGUAUAGAAGGUCUGGAUAUUAUAACGUUAGAGAUAACAAGCGAUGGCUUAAAUGUUUGUUUGAGGAAAUGGACAAUAACACAAUCCAAACCAUUUUUAACUUUGAUAUCUAUUAUAUUGAAUUUUUUAUCGGCACAUUUGAAGUUAACCGUUUACGAUUUUACGACAAUGCAGUAACAUUGACAGAAACUAACAUGAACUUUGUAAUAUAUAACGAUGUUAAUACCAGUUGUAUUCAACAGAUAGAGGGAAGAUGUACACCGCCUUAUGACAUUCUAUCGAGAAUUAACAGCUCACUACCAGCAUGUCUUUGCUCAGUCUUUAAUUAUGAAAUAAUUCGAAGCAUUGAAGAACCAAAGAGUAUUGAGCAAUGCAAAACUACUGCCGACAAAAACUGGACAAUACAUCACGAAUUUUCUACAUCUAAGAAGGAUAUACUAUAUUUUUAUGGGGAUGGGUCUCGCAGCAUGCAUCAUUCUAACCUACAAUUAAUAGCAGACGAAAUAUCACAAAACAUACCAGGACCUGCCAUAUGCAGGCAAGAUUACAUAGCCAAAGAUGACAACUUCGUUUGUGAUAUAAACGGAAAACAUAUUCCAAAAACUAUGAGAUGUAUCUACGACAUUGAUGAAACCGGCUUCACGAUUGGCUGUAGAGAUGGAAGUCAUUUGAAUAAUUGUGAGCACCAUAAAUGUCCUCGAGGUAUGGUCAAAUGUCCAAACAGCUACUGUAUUCCUCAGCGGUUUUUAUGUGAUGGACUUUUACAAUGUCUUGGAGGUGAAGAUGAAGCCUCAUGCGGUUGCUCCCCAUCGAAUAAUGAAAUACUUAUUAUACACGACGCUGAAACUGUUAAAGGACCAGACAUUUUUCAGUUUGCACGGCAAUUUUCUACAGAAACAAAUAUUGUUCGUGUAUUAAGUUACAAAGCAUCAACACCCCUUGAAGCGUACGGGUUCGAUGAUAUAUUACUUGACGUUGAAGAUAAAGAAAUAAGCAUUGUUCAAUACGUGGAAAAUACUUUUGAAUGUCGCUACAGAAUAGUGGCAAAACAUCUUCUAGAUUCAAUUCAUUUUACGAAUGAUGGUCUGAAAGGUGUUAUUAUACUUCAAACCAGUGAUGUGGCAGAAGCGGUCAAUAAUGUAAUCGUAAAAUCAAAGUUCGUCUCUGAACACCCGGGAAUGGUGUACAGAGUUAUGGAGAAUUUCAAUGUGUCAAGUUAUUACAACAUAAAGGUCUUAGACGUCUAUGUUCGAAGAUGGCAGAUUCUAGAUGGAAUUGGUGCUGAAUAUUUCAGCGAAUUAUGUAAAAUUACAACAAAAGUUCACUGCGCUGGUGGUUACAAAUGUGCAUGGAGUUAUGCCUGUUUAUUAAUAGAUCAAGUUUGUGACGGUAUUGUUCAUUGUCUACAUGGGGACGAUGAAGCAAUUUGUGACUUUAAAUGUCCAGCUAAUUGUACCUGUCAUGGAUAUGUUGCCGAUUGUAGCAGUACCGACUUUCAGUUAUCUUUUUUGCCAACAAUUUCAGAUACAAUCCGUUAUCUUGACUUAAGUUCUAACAAUGGACUGAAUAGUAUUUUAGAAGAAUCUAAUCUAGAUCUUCCAUCGUUACUCGUAUUGAAUCUUUCGCAUUGUGGCAUACAGCGUUUGAGAUCAUUUUCGUUUGGAAAAAUCAAGAACAUUCGUCGCUUAGAUUUAAGUUACAACUUAUUCACAAUAUUGCCAGAUUAUGUGUUUAAGAACUUAAAACAUCUUAAAUCUCUAGAACUUCAUGGUAACUAUAAACUAUCAGUGAUCGAGAUGCACGCAUUUGCUGGAUUGGUUCAUGUAGAAAAAUUUGACUUGGCAAAUGCUAAACUGGAAACGGUUUUGGCAAAUACAUUUUCAGGGAUGAAUCUAGGAAGUUUAGACUUGUCAAACAAUAAGCUAAAGGAAAUGGCAAAUUUUGCUUUCCGUGACGCAGUUAUACGAAAUAUAGAUUUCAGAGGAAAUGAUAUUAAAUCAUUUAAUACAGACAUAUUUACUGGACUUAUUGGUUUGAAUGAACUUUUUACGCCGGAGUUUAAAUUUUGUUGCAUUAGACCAAACUACGUUAAAGAAGAAAACUGCUAUCCCCAGAAGGACGAGUUUUCAUCCUGUGAUGACCUCAUGAGACAUUCUGUGCUACAAUUUUUAAUUUGGUUAAUUGGAAUAACAGCGUUUCUUGGAAAUGUUAUGACGAUUUUAUAUCGGAUGAAAUAUGAUAGGAAGAGGUUGAAAUUAGGUUUUGGCAUAUUUGUUACAAACUUGGCAGCUGCAGACUUUCUAAUGGCUGUUUAUCUCAUCAUCAUAGCAGUUGCUGAUUCCGCAUUUCGAAAGAGGUUAGAAUUGAUACAUAACGUUUUACUUCCAUUAUACUUAUUUCCGUUCGGACGUGCUAAAUUGUCCAAAGACAGAGCUGUUACUUGUGCUAUUUACACAUGGUUGUUUUCUGUUACUGCCGCCAUAUUUCCUGUUGCAUAUGAAGGGUACUUCAAAAACGAAUUUUAUUCAAAAUCUGGCGUUUGUAUUGCUUUGCCGUUAACAAGAGAUCGUCCACCUGGAUGGGUAUAUUCAUUGUCGGUCUUCGUUUUCCUCAACUUUCUUACCUUUGUCUUGGUAGCAGUUGGGCAGCUUUUAAUAUUCAUUGAAAUUCGCAAACACUCUGGAAUUGCCACUUCUGUAGAGACUACAAGAAAAAGGGACUUAAAAGUAGCAAGGAAUCUUCUCUUAGUAGUAGCAACCGACUUCAUGUGCUGGUUUCCAAUAGGAGUAAUGGCAAUGUUUGCGCUAUCGGGUCAUGUUAUUUCCGGGCAGGUGUACGCCUGGGCAGCCGUUAUCAUACUUCCUGUCAAUUCUGCUCUGAAUCCAAUUCUAUACACGUUGAGUGCAAUUUUAGGAGGGAAGAAAUUCAGUCCUAGUACAGAUGAACAGUCAAUGAAACAGAUCACAGAAGAACUUGGAGAAAACACAAUCAGAUGUUUAAAUAUUAGCCAUCGUUUUACUAAGGUGAUCAAUCGCUCUGGCUUUCAAGAUAUUACUAUGAUUUCCGAAGACGUCGAAGUGCCCGUCAAAUCAAUCCUAUCUGUUUGUACAACAAUAACGCAAACAUUGAACGUGUUACAGUCUUGCUCACUCGGUGUCAGGUUUUUGGACAGAGGAUCUUUGUAUGUUGGUGUCAAAAAUAACAAACUGGCGGGAUCAGUGAGAAUCAAAGCUGUGCCGUUUAUUUCCUAUAAACCGGAAGAUCAAAUGGAGAGGAUUAAACAUCUAGGGAUAAUGAUGAAAGGACUGUUAGCCGCAAGAGAAAAUUACAAGCGCUUUCUUGAACUAGUUGUGUAA